AUGAGAUUAUUUUGCCGCCGUCUCUCGACCAAACUAGGGCCAGUGUUCACUCAUGAACUGACCUCAAGCGAAGCUGGCGUGUUGACCAAAGGGGAGAAAGCCGAGAUCUCAAAGCUACUCUUCUUCACUGAGAGUUCUUAUGCGAAACCCCCUUCAAUGACUAAAAAUGCAAAGAAAGACUAUUUGGACAAGAAACUCCCAAUCGUGCAAAAGAUAUUCGGGGAAGAUCCUGGGAAUCCUGGUUACUUGAAAUAUACACUCCCGAAGGAUUUGCCGAAUCCAUAUCUAGAUGCGCACCUUAGACGUGUGGUUGAUCCCGAGACUGGGAAACAAGAGUAUCGAGGAGUCCGUAGACUUUCUGUCACAAAGCUUCUAACAAAACGUUGGUGUGAAUUGCGUGAAGCCUAUGAUAUCUACGCAAAGAUUCCAAUUUAUGCGCAUGAACAGGUUUUAGAAGGAACGGCCGAACAUCAGAAACUUGAGGAUGAGACUCAUCCUAUUCCUGAAGAAUGGCAUGAAUUUGUGAAUGAAUUUGAGCUCGUCAUCCCUCAGGACCACUUUCACGAACUAGUGAGUUCCUGGUUUGGAAGUACGGUGAAGCUAUUGAACUUAUUCGUCAACGGACGAUCCCGCGAAGUAUUGUGCCAUGGCUUCAUAAACAUGAACUCCUGUGAACCAAUUGAAGGGCCAGUGAAAGCUGAGGACGAUGUACUUGUUAGUGGGGUUAUUGAUCAUCUGUUCUUGAGGCGGAAAACAUCAAAGAGCCGUGUACCAUUUGCAUUAGGUGACUCGAUCAUCAAAGGACCUACCAUCGAUUUGUCAGUCAUGUUGGAGGAGUUGAGCAGAUCUGGUGAAUCGCUCAAGAGUAACUAUGAAGUGGUCGUCAGUGACGUUAAGACAAGAUCUAUUCGAAAACUUCCCGCUCAAAAUAGUGUUCUUAGGUCCACUAAAUUACAAGUCAUGUACUAUAGGUACUUUAUGGAGAUACUUGGCGCCAAUCCACGUUUAACGUACGAAAAACUGCUGAUUAACGCUCAGCGGCGUGGCUUUGACGUUGAUGCCCCAGUGGAUCCCGCAAAAGUUAUCAGUAUCAUGGCAGCGGAGACCCUGGUCAUAUCAGAUAUGAGACGUUUAAGAGAUGGCGAAGACCUUGGGUUCAAGCCAUAUGACGACUUUUACUCGAAAGAGGCCGCUAUUGAAGAAUACGAUCUAUCCAACUAUCUUCAUCUAAUUACUGAUGUAAGAGUGAUCGAGCAGUUCGAGGAAUUCUUCACCCAGUGGUCAAGACCAGUGACACUACGCUAUUUUGCUGCCAGACUAGCUCAGAUUUAUGGCCAAGUGGCUCCUCUUUUGAGUAAUUCAUUACUAGUUGAAUAUUACUGCAGAGGUGAUAAUUUUCAUAACGUAGAAUUCGAGUACAACGUCGAUUUAUUAAAAGCUGAAUGCUCUGAAAGUGCAAAAUUUUGGUUUGGCCACAGAGAAAUUCAGCCAAUCAAGCCUAGCGUCAAGAUUAUUUUGACUCAUUGCAAGCGUUGCGACUACGAGGAUGUUUGUUCUUGGAGUCGGCAGGCCAGUGACAAUUGCCGCAAUCUUGGCAAAGAUUUAGCCUCUCUCGCUGAUCAAACUAAGGUUAAUUUGUAA